AUGGCUUUCACCCAUCCUUUAAAUGAUGCUUCAGUUGUGCGCAAGCCACUGUUUGUCGCCGAGCAGCCACUUGGCAAAGAUGGCAGGCCAGUAAUUCGGAAAGUCCUGGUCGCAAAUCGGGGCGAAAUUGCUUGCCGCAUUAUCCAGACGUGCCGCAAAUUGAACAUUGGAUCUGUGGCGGUCUAUGUUGACGAAGAUGCCUCUUCUCGUCAUGUUCGGGAUGCAGAUGAAGCCAUCAAUAUUGGAAGCAUUGACCGCAGUAGUCGCAACCCGUUCCUUGAUAUCGACCUGCUGGUAAAAACAGCGGUCACAACCGGGUCCGACGCCGUCCAUCCUGGCUACGGGUACCUAAGUGAAAACGCAGACUUUGCUCAGCGCGUUCGUGAUGCAGGGCUCAUCUUCAUUGGGCCUACCCCCAGUGCCAUGUCCACACUUGGCGACAAGCGAUCAUCAAAAGAUUACCUGAGUGCUCAUGCACCUGAUGUUCCGUUGAUUCCGGGGUUUUCGGGAUCAAGCCAAGAUGCUGAGACUUUGAGCAAGAUCGCAGGAGAAAUCGGUUUCCCAGUCAUGCUUAAGGCUUCUGCGGGGGGUGGUGGAAAGGGAAUGCGUAUUGUCCGCGAAGCCAGUCAACUCAAGGAUGAACUGGCGCGCGCUCAAUCCGAAGCUCUCAGAUCAUUUGGAUCUGACGAUUGUAUUUUGGAGAAGUUUAUUGAGAGCAGCAAGCACGUGGAGAUUCAGAUUAUGGGAGACUCGCAUGGUCAUGUCGUCUCUUUUCUGGAUCGGGAUUGCUCGGUGCAGCGGAGGCACCAGAAGGUCAUUGAGGAGACCCCUUGUCCUUUCAUCACCGAGGAGACACGCCAACAAAUGAGUGCAACAGCAGUGCGAGUAGCAGAACUCAUUGGAUAUGAGAAUGCUGGCACAGUCGAGUUUGUUGUCGAUAUCAAAACAAAUCGAUUUUACUUCCUUGAAGUCAACGCACGGCUACAGGUUGAGCACCCCAUUACCGAAGAAGUUACUGGAGUCGAUCUGGUGGCUCUACAGCUCUUUAUUGCCGCCGGCGGAGACUUGAAAAACCUCCCUCAGUUGCAGAAUAUUACCCAAGAUGGACAUGCCAUUGAGUGCCGUCUGUGUGCCGAGAGCCCCGAGAGGGACUUCUUCCCAGAGCACGGCAAAGUCCACCUCUGGUUACCAGCAACUGGUGCCUUAGCCCCUAGCCGAGACAUUCGCUAUGAAACAGCCAUCCAAGCUGGAUCGUCAGUCUCUAUCUAUUUCGACUCAAUGAUCGCCAAGCUUGUGGUUUGGGCACCAACAAGGUCACUCGCGAUUGAGAAGAUGGUUAAGGUUCUAGCGCACACUGCUUGUGUUGGCGUUAGGACUAAUCAGCUGUUCAUGCAAUCUUGUUUAUUGAACUCAGCAUUCCGUGAUCCCGCAUAUACGACCUCGUUUAUUCCCUCCCAUUUGGACGAGCUUCUCCAGAAUCCUUCAGUCAAGAGCAUGCCCGACUUCGAGAAGAUUGUAUCAAUUAUUCCAAGCUUGGUGAUUCGAAAGCUCCCAGAUUAUGCCACGUCCUUUUCGCGCUCUAAACCUCUCCGCAAUGUCCGCUCGCAGUUCCGGAACCAAAGAUUUGAUCCAGUCAACAUCCACUGUGACAUUAUCACUACAAAGAGUUGGCCUAACCGAGCUGGUCAUGGAUCAGACCACGGUCCAGAGCAACAUACGAUGUGCAUUUGGAAGGCGAAGAGGGCAGGAGAGCCAAACAGCAACGAGGAAGCAUAUCUUUUCCCGGUUCCACCUCGGCAAUUCUCUCAGGACGAAGAAAUCUCAGCCGCCGCUGAGAUCUCCGCUCAGUAUAAUGAAAUCAGCCAGGCCCUGAGAACUGGACAAGUGACAUCUUCUCUACCGUUUGCAGUCCGGAUCGACUCAUGGCGCCCCGCGGAAGGAAGUCCCGCUGUACCAGAAUCCUGGCUUGCUUCGACCAUUGAGAUCUCAGUCAAUGGGUCAAAGAUCAUGGCUCACGUAGCCAUUCCUUCAACUCGAGCUCAUAACUUGGCGGGACAAGUUGAUCACGGCCAGCGAAUAUAUUGCCAUUUCCCUGUCAUUGGCACUCAUGUCGAGUUCCAUCGCGACACUUUGCUUUCAUUCACAGAAAGCAAACGGUCAACUACCAAGGCUAAUAAGGGCACAGAGCAGAAAACUGUCUCGGCACCGAUGCCGUGCAAAGUUCUCUCGAUUUUGAAGAACAACGGAGAUGAAGUCAAUUCCGGUGACUCCGUGAUGGUCAUUGAAAGUAUGAAGAUGGAGGUGAAUAUCUCUGUAGCGGCUACAGGGAAGUUUCAAACGGAAUGGAAGACGGGAGAUGCAGUGGAAGAGGGAAAGAUUCUUUGUUCAAUUGUUUAG